CCCCGUGGAGCGACGUGCCUUGGCCGCCCGCCCUCCCAAGCGCAGCGUCGGUGGCUCCUCGCGGGAUCCGGGACUGGAGAGUCUUUCCUCUCCUCUGCAAAGCCAGGAGGCCCCUUUGAUACGUCGGGGUUGGAGGAUUUGAAGCAGGAGUCUGUAGCCCAGUUGGAGGCAUCCUGGAACAGUAAGAAAGAUGGAAGACCAAGACUCAGCCGGCCUGGGUGGGGAGAAGACCCUCAGCUCAGAUGUGUGGCGCCAGCAAUUCCGAAAGUUCUGCUACCAUGAGGCCGAGGGACCAAGAGAGGUUUGCAGCCAACUCCACCACCUUUGCCAUGAGUGGCUGAAGCCAGAGCGAUGCACAAAGACUCAGAUCCUGGACCUGGUGAUCCUGGAGCAAUUCCUGACCGUCCUUCCCUCAGAGAUGGAGAGCUGGGUCAGGGAAUGUGGAGCGGAGACCAGUUCCCAGGCGGUGGCCCUGGCUGAAGGUUUCCUCCUGAGUUGGGCAGAGGAGAAGAAGCAGGCAGAGCAGCAGGUAAAGGGUCUCUUUGCGGAGGUGGCAGCUAAUUUCCCUGAGGGAAAGAGUUCUUCACUGGAUGUGAAAGACUGCUUCCUGCUAAGGAGAAACGUUCUGGAGAGCAGUGGAGGUGCUGCAUUACUCAGUGAAGAAAUCCUGGUGGCAAGACCUGCUCAGCCGUCUCCUGUUCGCAACAGACAGGAAGCAGUUGCUGUGGCACCAGAUCAGGGUCCCGUGUUGUUUGAGGAGGUUGCUGUGGAUUUCACAGAGGAGGAGUGGGCUCUGCUGGAUGCUGACCAAAAGGCACUGCAUAAAAUAGUCAUGGAGGAGAAUUGUAGGAAUGCUUUCUCUCUUGGACAUGAAUGGAAAACCAAAAAUGAGGGAGAACCACAUGGGGUGUCUGCAGAAUGGGACACAUGUAUACAGAGAGACGGUCAGAGAAGGAAACCUGAAGGGGAAGAAAAGGGCAGGAAUAAGUCCCCUUCUUCUCAUGGCCGCGUGAGCCAUCAAAUCCUGGUCCAAGAAAAUACGCAAAAGAGAAAAGAAGCUAGUACGGGCUUUGUAUAUUGGAGAAGUUUCCCUUCUAAAUCAAGACUGAAAACUCAUUACAAAAUCCACACAGAUGAAAAACAAUUUAAAUGCCUGGAAUGUGGAAAGAAAUUUUCACGAAAGACACAUCUCUCUAUUCACCAAAGAGUUCACACCGGGGAGAAACUGUUCAAAUGCUUGCAGAUUGGAAAGAGAUUCCGUCAGAAGACUGCUCGUCGAAGAACUGACACAGGGGAGAAAGCAUAUAAAUGUUUAGUGUGCGGAAAGAGCUUUCACCAAAAUUAUGUCCUUUUUACUCAUCAGAGGAUCCAUACAGGGGAGAAACCUUUUAAGUGCUUAGCAUGUGGAAAGAGCUUCUGCCAGAAGAUACACCUCACUACUCAUCAAAGAACCCACACUGGAGAGAAACCGUAUAACUGCUUGGAGUGUGGAAAGAGCUUCACUCGGAAGACGAAUCUCACAUCACAUCAAAGAAUUCACACAGGGGAGAAGCCAUAUAAAUGCUUGGAGUGUGGAACAAGCUUUCGUAACACUUCUACCCUUGUUAAUCAUCACAGGAUCCAUACCGGGGAGAAAGCGUUUAAAUGCUUGGAGUGUGGAAAGAGCUUCCGUCAGAAGAAAAAUCUUUCUGCUCAUCAAAGACUUUACACCGGGCAGAAAGCAUAUAAAUGCUCAGAGUGUGGAAAGAGCUUUCAUCGAAAUUCUGCCCUUGUUACCCAUCAGAAGAUCCAUGUAGAGGAGAAAUUGUUCAGAUGCUUGGAGUGUGGAAGCAGCUUCUUAAGGAAGACACAUCUCACUACUCAUCAGAGAAUUCACACUGGGGAGAAACCGCAUACAUGCUUGGAGUGUGGAAAGAGCUUUUCACAGAAGAUCCAUCUCACCACUCACCAAAUAAUUCACACUGGGGAGAAGCCAUAUAAAUGCUUGCAGUGUGGGAGGAGCUUCACUCGCAAGUCAAAUCUCACUUCCCAUCAAAUAAUUCACACACGGGAGAAGCCUUUUAAAUGAUUGGAGUUUGGAAAGUGUAGAAGCAGUCUGAAUAUGGAAUGUGAGUCUGAGACAGCUGAACUCCGCUUUCAGAUUAGAGCUAAACUGGCAAGGGAUGGGGGAUGGGGCAUGGCUUGAGUAGAGUCCUGAGGGCAGAAGUGGUCCUGCUUCAGGUGGCAGAAGGCCCCCCCCCAGUUGGCACACCCAAGGCUGCCCCACUUGCCCUGCUGCUUCUGCCAGCGGUGUAAAGCACCGUCACUUGUGGCGUUGAUUUGAGCUCUCACCCCAAAAUGGCACAAUCAUAUCUGUAAUCAGCACCAGUGGCAGUGAUGCUUCUCUGCCAACAUCAGAAGAAAUAAUAAUAAUAAUAAUAAUAAUAAUAAUAAUAAUAAUAAUAAUAAAUAUAUUAUUUAUACCCCACCCAUCUGGCUGGCUUUUCCCAGCCACUCUGGGCGACUCCCAACAGAAUAUUAAAAACAUGAUAAAACAUCAAACAUUAAAAACUUGCGGGCGCCACCACCGAGAAGCCCCUCUGCCUGGUAGUAUAUCCUGUUUCUUAGGAAAUGCUGUUUUCAUGUGUUUCCCCCCAAAUCUGCUUCCGCUGAGCAUACUCCUAGAAGGAUUUUAACUAGUCCGGACAGGAAGAAGCUGAACAGAAUUAGAAUCCAGUCACCAACCGCUCCGUGGUAUCACUCCCAGAAAGCCUGCUUUAAGAAACCUACAUUGGCUUCCUCUUUUAAAAGUGUGACAACACUGGUAAAAAGGAUUGUGUGAUUUCCUCUGGGUUGCCAGGUCAAAUGGAAUUAGGACCCACCUUAAGUCCUCCCCUGUCUGGCUCUGCCAUAUCACACAGGUAUAUCUGAAUUAUGUGACAUAGUCAAGUGAACCAGAGAUGCUCUACGUCCACAUCAAAACUCGCCCAUCCUGGUGGGUCUUAGGUUAGGGCUGCACCCUGAGCUACUAAUUCUCAGCCUAGCCUACCUCUCAGGGCUGUUGUAAAAAUUUAAAAGGUGCAGGGAAUACAGUGUACACAAUCUUGACCUGGGAGAAAAGCAAAAUAGAAUGAUACAAAAACUCUAAAUGUGCACUUUCAGGCACAGAGAAAACAUUUAGUCCAGCCUGAUAAAUAAAAGAACUAUCCUUGUGUUAAAGUUCAGUCAUGGGGCAGGAUUGUGUGUGCCCUUUUGUAAUAUGCAUAUUUCCUUGAUAGCUGUUUGGUUAAUUGAUUUUAUUUCUCACCAAUAUUGUUUUCCAUCUAUAAAUUGUUCUCUGGUAUGUCACUCAUACAUUCCUUAUAUUUCAGCUGUUGCUGAGCUUGCAUAUUUUCACCAGUUUUGAGCUUUGAUUUAAAUAAAUCUGUCCAAUUUCUUUUAUUGUU